UUUUUUUUUUUUUUAUUUACAAGAGUUACUGUUCGUUGUAAGUCGCUUAACGCACGAGUAGAACUACUAGAAGGGCUAGCUUAUAAAAGAAGAGAAAAUAGGCUGUAAUAAUCCUAUAUCAACGAUACACUCCACACACAUAAAGAUAGGAAUUCCCUAUAAACGUUUCAAGAACAAAACCGAAGAAAAAUCCUGAAACUGAAGAAGAAGGGAGGAAGACAAGGUGGACAUGACCUUAACAUUGAGAACGAGGGCUUGCCAGAUGAUCUGAAACAGCCGUCAACAGACCGUUUAGAAGAGAUUAUUCGUGAUAUCUUGUUCCUUUAGUACCCUCUCGUGAGCCUCGUUUUGUACAGUUGCGUCCAAAAGAGAAGAAUGGGAGAGCAAUUCGUCAGCAUAAAAGAUGUAAAACCAGGACAAAAGAACAUAAAUAUCAUGUUUAUUGUUUUGGAUAUUGGUGCUCCAACGAGAACACGAGAUGGUCAUGAUGUAAGGUCUGUUAAGGUGGCAGACAAAACUGGAAGUAUCAACAUCUCAAUAUGGGAUGAAACGGGGGACCUUCUACAGACGGGGGACAUUUGCCGCCUUACAAAAGGGUAUUCAAAUGUCUGGAAGAGUUGUCUAACUUUAUAUACAGGAAAAUCAGGGGAGGUCAUCAAAGUUGGAGAGUUUUGUAUGCAGUUUUCAGAGACCCCAAAUAUGAGUGAACCAAAGCCCGAAUAUACAAACAACCCCAAGUCUGACCAGACAGGACAAAGAAAAUCGCCAACAGAAUCAAAUGAUGGAAAAACCCCACCUGGAGCCCCUCAAGGAAACCCGCCAGGAGGACGGCCCCAGGGUGAUGGUACAGGAAAUCCUGCAGGGUACCCUAACAACCACGCACCUCGACCUGGCAUGAUGCCAAACCAGGGUCAUCCACAGAUGCAGUCCCGCCCUCCAAUGAUGCCCGGACUCCGCCCUCCCCAACAGAACUACCACCCACAUGGCUUACAGACUGUGAAUGGACGUCCCUCAAACAGAGGAAUGAGAAGAUGACCCACUCUACAGACAACUUAAUAACAGUUUAUAUAAUUCAGCUUUUGCCCCACUCCCAACCGUAACAGUUAAAUCAAAGAAGAUGUAACAAAAGAGCAUAAUAACUAAUCGGCCAAUCAAAUUGGUUCCUCUGUUACGUUUUAAGGUGCUACCCCAGGUUACUGGCCCCUGCAUGAAGCAAAGCUUCUGCAUUUUGGGAUUUCCAAUGAUAUGCUUAAGUUUUAAGGAGAGACUGCUAUAAUGCUUUAAUUAAUCGUUAUAAAGUACAAUUCGUUCAUUGUGUACAUAUUGUGUUCAGAAGUUUUCAGUUGAGUUGCAUCAUGCAUACAUUGUACAACACUGCAUUUCACAAGAUUACUACAUUUUCCUACAUUUUCUACAUUUCAAAAAAUGCUCAAAUAAUGAGUUCAUGAUAACAGCAGUAGUCUGUAUAAAAUUAAAUAUCAUAAAAUCAGCUGGGUGUGUCAUCAUCAUUUUUGCCAUUAAACAUCAAUAUUGUCGAUAAACAAAGCCCUUGAAAUAUUUGACUUGUGCAUGGGAAUAAUGUGCUGCAGGCUGAAAGCUUAACAGAACAAAGUAGCCAUUAGUGCAGUGGACAAGUUCAUACUGAUAUAAAGUUUUAUAUAAUGCAGGCAUUGGUAAAUUUAUUUUGUAGUUCAGGUUAUAUUGUACAACCUUUUGAGUAGAAACCAAAUUAAAACAGAGUAGAGUCAAAAUUAAAUUUGAGUAGAAACCAAAUUAAAUCCAAGUUCUGACUUCAUCUUUCCAACACCUCAGAGACACAGUAGGUCAUCGGAAUGGUCAUUUUUGGUCGUAGGUAAUUUUAUUGUAAUAGUUGAGUUUUUAAAUGGUGUUGGCAGAAUCGUGUGUUUAGUAUCGGUUAUACACACUGGAUUUAAAAUGUUAAGUACCCCCCCCCCCCCCUCCCCCCACACACACACCGCCUCCAUCAACUACCUGCCUCGCUGCCAAGGUUGGUGUUUUACUUAGCGAGACACACUACGCCCGGCCCGUGUUUGGAUAUAAUUAUCUCAGUAACCAUGUUAUAUGACCUCCAAUAAAAUUUUGAUCAUAA